AUGACUCCUGCUCCCUGGACGCUCCGAUCUCAUGCUUGCUUUUUCGUUCUAUUUCUCCUAUUGAAUCGCUUUUUUCUGCCAACUGGAGCGAUCAUCAUCACCCUUCCGUUACAGUUCAACACGUCUGUGUACGACUAUGUGAUUGUUGGUGGGGGCACAGCCGGGCUGGUCAUCGCGAAUCGGUUGACUGAAAACUCCUCGAUAACCGUUCUAGUACUGGAGGCAGGAAUCAAUGACCAGAAGAAUGUUCCUCUUCAAGUGCCGUUUCUAGGGCCUAUUUUGGCGCCGAAUACGGAGUUCGAUUGGAAUACAACAACCGUUGUUCAGCCGGGGUUGAACAAUAGAACUGUGCCGUUCAAUCGAGGCAGAGUUCUCGGAGGGUCUAGCAGCAUUAAUUUUAUGUUUCACCAGUACGGGACCAUGGAUGACUGGAAUAGACUUGCUUCGGUUGUGGGUGAUCCAGGGUGGAACUGGACCAAUAUCCGACAAUAUAUCGCCAAACACGAUAAAAUUGUACAACCAGCAGACGCCCACGAUACCACCGGCCAGAUUGUCACUGCAGACCACGGAACAGCCGGCGAAGUACCCAUCAGCCUUCCAGGAAGUAACCUCUCCAUAGACUCUCGCGUUCUAAGCACAACACAACAAUUAUCGGCCGAAUUCCCGUUCAACGAGGACACAGCCGGCGGGAACCACACAAUGCUUGGGCUCGGAUUCAUCCAGUCCAGUAUAGGAGACGGCACUCGAAGCAGCUCGUCGAGUACGUAUCUCGCCGGUGCGAAUGACCGGCCGAAUUUGGUAGUGCUCGUCAAUGCAACCGCGGUGGUAUUGCUCCAAACUGGAAUGAACGCAUCAUCUGGCGAACCGGUAUAUGGAAAAUUGCAGUUUGUCCAGUCCCCGCCUCCCGGGAAUCUUACUCUCGGCACAAAGCAUACUGUGACUGCGAUGAAAAGCAUCAUUUUAUCAGCUGGUACAGUUGGGACAUCCCAGCUCCUGCAGCUGUCCGGGAUCGGGGACAGCACCGCACUAACUCGUCUCCAAAUUGACACAACCAUCCACAAUCCCUCCGUCGGGGCCAACUUGAGCGACCACAUCCUCAUUCCAAACAUCUUCCAAGUCACCACGAACGACACCCUCGACUCACUACUUAGAAACACAAGUGGUGCUGCGGCAGCCGCAAUGGCCCAGUGGAAGUUGAAUAAGACGGGCGACUUUGCGAAUACGGUUGCGAAUAAUUAUGGGUUUGUCAAGAUUCCGGAUAACUCUACUAUCUUCAAGAUGGCAAUUGAUACAGCGGCUGGCCCAAAUUCUCCGCACUGGGAGAUUAUAUUCAGCAAUUUAUUUUUUCAGCCUGGCGUCGAAGUACCGCCCACCGGAAAUUUCCUUACAGUCGUCACAAUCAUAGUCGCACCAAAGUCCCGCGGAACAGUGGCUUUGCAAAGUGCCAACCCGCUUAUACCACCACUUGUGGACCCCCAAUACAUCUCCGCAGAAUUUGACAAGCUUGCCGCGAUCGAGUCUGUGCACGGUGUACAGCGCUUUCUUGCUGCGCCCGCGUGGGCGGGGUACAUAAGUGCUCCGUUCGGGCAGACGUUCGCCGCUGCACUGACGGGAAACGACACGCUUAUCGAGGCAUACGUCCGGUCGGUUGCUCUGAGCGCGUUCCAUGGGGUUGGCACGGCGGCGAUGGCGCCUGUCGGUGCGACGUGGGGUGUGGUUAACCCGGAUUUGACGCUGAAGGGAGCGGGGGGCAGUGUGCGCAUUGUAGAUGCGUCUGUGUUUCCAUUUACACCGAGCUGUCAUACACAAGGACCUGUAUAUCUACUUGCUGAGAGGGCAGCAGAUUUAAUCAAAGCGGCGCAAUGA